ACAAAAACACAACCAUAUCCCAAAAAAUACACCAAAACUUUUCUUGCUUCGUAACUAAUUAAUUAAUAUCAGAAUUAUACAAUAUAAUCAAUUACAGGAAGUCAAAUAAUGGGUUGUUCUAGCUCGAGAACCAUAGCAGAAGGGAAAAAAGAAAAGAUUCGAAGACCAAAAACAUGGAAACAUCCUCAACCGAUAUCAAGAGCUGAGCUGACACAGAUGCGAGAGGAGUUCUGGGACACAGCUCCUCACUAUGGAGGCAAGAAAGAGAUAUGGGAUGCGUUACGAGCAGCAGCAGAAGAGGAGGAUUUAUCGCUUGCGCAAACGAUACUUGAGAGUGCUGGUGUGAUUGUUCAGAACACUGACCUCACCAUUUGUUAUGACGAGAAAGGUUCCAAGUAUGAACUGCCUAAAUACGUUCUCAGGGAUCCUUCAAAUUUGAUCCGAACCAAAUAGAGAAAUUCAAGAAAAUAUAGAGUAAGAAGAACGAGAAAAGCUCGCUUGUGUAUGUAUUCUAAGGAAUUAUGUUGUGUUUGAUUUAGUUAUGUUUUUUCUUGUUUGGAUGUGUUAUCUUGUGUAUGUGAGAACAUAUGUGAGGAAUGAAAUGGAUUACAAAGG